UGCAGCUGUAGUGGAUCUCUUUUUCCUUUUUUUUAUCGUAUCUGGUCCUUCAGGAAGGAGGGCGUAAAGAAAAAAGUAGAUAAUUGCGGUUUAAGUCUUGUCUGGGAUUAAGCCUCCGUUCAGCCGACGUCAGCGUUCAUCCCGAUAUGUCAGGGUGAAGAUAGGCAGUGGGCGCCGGCUUCUAUCGCCUGCGGCCGCCUCCUAAAGCACUCGCACCGUCCGUCGCUCGGAGCCUCGAUCACCGCCCCUCACACGCUCCUUUGCUCGAGGCUAUCACUCACCCAGCCGAUCAAUUUGUUUGUCCUAUGCCAUUUCGCGUGCAAGAUGGCGGUGUCAGGGACGGAAAAUGACGCUACUAAAAUCGAAGAUGGGCCUUUGAGCAAUUCCUUAGAAAAGCCUGCACUGAUCUCACCUGAGAAAGAAGAUAUACGAUUACUGGCAGUUCCUUUCAGCGGCCGCAUCAAAGGUGGGAUGAGACCAGGAAAGAAGAUCAUUGUCAUGGGCAUAGUGGAUCCAGAGCCUAAAAGCUUCGACAUCAGCCUGACGUGUGGUCGCGGCUCGGCGGAGGAGCCACCCACUGACGUGGCCCUGGAGCUCUGCGCCCGCUUCGUGGACCGGCAGUUCCUGCGCAAGGCCUGUGUGUCUGGGGAGUGGGAGGAGCCUGAGAAGCCCAUCCCGUACUUCCCCUUCAUCGAGGACCAGCCCUUUCGGAUCGAGAUCCAUUGUGAGCACCAGCGAUUCCGGAUAUUUGUCGACGGCCACCAGCUCUUUGACUUUUACCAUCGGGUGGCGUCGCUGCGGGCUAUCGACACCAUUCGGAUCACCGGGAGCCUUCAGAUCACCAAGCUGGGGUAGCCCCACCUUGGCCGCGCCCCCGCAUGCUGUGGAAACGCCUCGCCGAGGUAACCGCACGAAGCCACGUCGCUCACGGCGUGUGACACCACCGUACCUGCGGCCCCCGUCCGUCCGAAUGAUUUGGGGAGCACAGGCGUUUCUACGCACGCGAUCCUAGAUACGAACCCCCCCAUGUCUAGUCUGAAAUCAGCACACACACCCUGACAAGCCGUCUUCCAGUUUGCAUGUGGGUCCCCACUCACCGGGUCGCACUGCACAGUGUGCGUGUCACUGUGUGUGGGGGGGGUGAGGGUGUGCAUGUCACUGUGUGUGGGGGGGUGAGGGUGUGUGUGUUGGUUGAGAGGCAAACCUGUUUUUUGGUUUUCUUUUUAAUUUGCUGUUGAUUUCUUGGUCAAGGAUGUCACAAUAUAACAUUAAAUGUUGGUGCGGCACACCCCAGGAACUCCGGGGGGGGUCAAGUAGCUGAAUGAAAAUAAACACACAUUAAAUCUCAGGAAUGAAUGUCUGUAGUUACAUAUUUAUCACAGAUCUAUUUGCGGAUUAGCAGGAGAUCUGACGAUCGUAAUUCUGAAUUUGUGGUUCGGGUCAAACAUUUUCCAUGACGUUUUAAAGGCUGAUUGGUGUUUUCCCAUGAACGAUAUCAGAACCUUUGCAUAAAAUCGCGGGAAAGAAAACUGUUGGUCAGGGAUGCCCAAUUCUGGCCUUGGAGAGCCAGAGUCCAUCGCAUUUUGCAGAUAUUCCUGCUCCACAUCUUAAUCAGAUAAUUACCAUAUUUAGUCGGUGUGCCUGAGCACGGAAAUCUGCAAACUGUUUUGCAAACUGGCACGCCCCCAAACCAGAAAUGGGGAACCCAGCUGUAGGUUAACAUUGCAAUUAUAUUGUGAAAUCUUAAGGCGAAUGUUGCAGGUGAGGAGUCUCUUAAGCUUUUGUUUGCUUUGUUUGUUUACUUCCGUCAUGAUUUUUUGUAGAUAAUUACCUGCACUACUCAUAACAUCACAUAUACAAGUUGGUGAGUGGAAUACCUUUGGUAGGACUGUACUAUGUCCGUACUACACACAGAACCUAGUGCAUCUGUUUUGACUUGGUGGUUUGUUUUAUACUAUAUCUAUUCUUGUUUCCUCGCUAAUUAAUUAUUCUGAAUGUAACGCUGGUAUGUUUAGAUAUUUUUUCCCCCAUUGGUGACUUAUCAAUACACCAUUACAGAAUGCUUCACUUACAGAAGGUGUUGAGUCGCCCGGUUUGCAGAGUAGCAGUGGGUUUCUGACUCUUUAGUGAGGUCUCACCAAAUGGCUCUUGCGUAUAAUGGUGAUGUAUGUCCUAAAUUAAGGCGACUUACGAUGCGCUAAUGGCAGUGUGCCUCAUUGCUAACCCUACCCUUCAUUUUGGUCCAUUUUCCCUGAUUCCUGCUUGCCCACUCUGCUCUCCCACAUGUUGGCAUCCAUGCCACCCACAAGCUUCUCCCAAGGGGACCCGCCUGUCAGAAAGCCAGGAGAUCUGAGGGUGCACCUAUAGCAGCUUAGCUGUCCAAUAGCUCGACAGAUACACCUUAAAGACAGUCAGCAUUGACUGCAGUGCGCUCUCCGUACAGAACAGACAAGCAUAGAUACGUUUGAGGAAGUUACUAGAAUAUUCCAGCUGCUUGCUCUGUAUCAGUAUUGAAGUCACCUGAAGGUACUGAGAUGCCUCCAGACUUUACAUACCUCCAUCUCCCCGUAGGCGUUGUGGCUAACAAGUCAGCGCCCGCCUUCCUUUGAACUCCUCCUUGGGUGUCUUUGAGCGCCUGUGGUGAGACGCUUUGCUGUUGCGAGGGUGUAGCAUGUCUCAUUUCUGCCUUUUUUGUGCUUUGAGGAUUCUCUCAUCCCUUUGCCAUUAUUUUGUACAAGCGGAAGGGUGCAGAGUAUGUUUUUUUUUAUGUCCCUAGCCUCUCUCUGUCUCUAAUCUUCGCAGUGUUCUGGCCAAGGCUGCAGAUCUCACAAGGGACCGUCGUUUUAGUCUUCUGUGUUUACCCGUUUUUGGAGAAUCUGCAUAUACUGAUGUCACAGGACGCGGGACAAAGGUCAUGUCCCUCAUGAGCAGGCCUUGUGUGGGUUCCCUGCCAUGAUGUAACAUGUUUUGACGCUCCCUUUGUACCAGGAAGUGAACCAAUGUAGCUUAAACGACAGGAAGCAGGCCUUGUCAGGAGAGCUGCAUCAGCAUGCAUGUGCACAUUCGAGCGAAAUGCCCCAGACAGGUUAAUGUUUCGUGAUCGCUGGUGUCCCAGGUGUGGCACAUUCCGACACCUUCCGUGACGUACCAGUUCCUCAGAACCCCCCCACCCCGAUGUCAGAUGCUCAGUGUGAAAUGUGGCCUUGCCAGUUUUUGACGUGUUCAAAUAAGGUGACGAUCUAUAGAAGCCCUUCCUCCCAUUGCCAUGUUCCUCACAUUUAUUUGGUUUUGUUUCCUCUGUUUGGCCUGUGUGUCUCUGCAUGUGCAGUUUGACAUGACUGUGCAGUUUGACAUGACUGUGCAGUUUGACAUGACUGUGCAGUUUCACAUGAGGGGCCAGGAAGGCUGCAGUGAGUUUUCCUCUUUUUUGAGUCUCCUGCUACACACAGUCACGUUCGUGUUCAGCUUAAGCAGGUUAAACAGGCCCAUUUUUUCUGUUUUUAUAAUGUUAGUCUGCCAGGGGGGUUGGGCAGCCAGGUGACCUCGGACCCCCAGUGAUUUUUUUUUUUUCUCCAUACUUGGGAGUUUUUGGUUCCUCUCCUCCGUUGUCUUUUGGCCUUUUAUUCUUUCUUUUUCUUUCUUUCUUCCAUUUUUCGCUUUAUGUGUAUUAUUCUGUAUAAAUGACAUAAUAAUGUCAAGCACCUUGGGUUGUGAAAGGUGCCGAAUUGAAUUGCAUUGAAUUUAAUUAAAUUGAAGGUCACCCUUUUGAUGCAGAGAGGGGUCCAGUGUAUUUUUCCACUUGGAUCAUUUUGUACACUUUUUACAAUAUUCAGUUUGUGUUGAUAUACAUAAAAGCAUAAUUGUUUUACUUAUAGAGGUAAGGAGUCAAUAAUAUCUCAUUCUCUCUGCAUGCAUUCAUCUAGAAAGGCAGAUUUGGGAAUCUCUCCCUUCAUGGAAGUAACUAUAAGCAAUAAGUCCUGUUUUAAAGGGGUCUCCUGUUUCUGUUCAGCAUAUGGAGCUAAGGGCCCCCUGAUGAAACGGAGCACUGAUGUUUGUGCCGGUGGUAACUUGCUGACCCUUUUGUUUUUCCGAACCGGAUGCUUUAUCAUCAGUGGAGCAGAUAGCCCUGCAGAUCUGCAAGCAUGGCAUUAUGGGAAAACUGGACUGCUUAAGGGUAUCUUAGCAGUUUGUCAUUCUGGUUUAGGCUCAGGGAAAGAGGAUGAGAAUGGGAAGUGUUGAUUUCUGUAGUGGAUUGGAGCUCAGAGAAUGGUUUGGAGUUGGGGGGGAAGUAAAAAUCUAUCCACCAAUCUUCUAACUGCUUAUUCGAGGGGGGGGGCACAGCACAUAAGGCAGGGGAACAUCCUGAACAGUUAGUGAGUCCACCGUGUGGCACAUACAUAGUCACACACAAUCAGACACUAUGGGCAAUUUAGACACACUAGUUCACCAGUCCUGUAAUGGGUAUGGGGUCGGCCUAAUCUCACAGACACAGUUGGGGGGAGCAUCUUUUUCCACUUGUAGCAGUGUUUCCCAAUCCGAUCCUGGGGCACCCACAGACAGUCCACAUUUUUGCUCCCUCCCAGCAGUCGGGUAAAGAACGUGGACUGUCCGACAGGGAGCUAGGAGGGAGCAAAAACGUCGGCCGGAUCGGGAAACAUUUGCCUGUAGACAUUAAGUGGAAUGUGAAUAACGUCUUUAUGCUGGCCGUCAGUCUGGCUGAUCCCAAUGCAAAAAAAAAUGUCCACAGCGAAUCAGCCAAUAGCACAACUGCAUUUCAGAGAACUACAAGCCUUUUUGGUACUUUUUUAAUUCUGACCGAAUAUACCAAAUAGCACGUAAAUGAUAUUUGGCAUUAUUAUCAGUCUUUGUCUAUGGGCGGUUUUCUCUCAUCACUGGUGUAUUUUGUACUAUGUGUAAUUCAUCACUGUCUGUUAGCUACACUGUAUUAAUUUCAGGUUAAAUUGUAACUUUUAUCUGCUGGGGUAUUUUAAAGAUGCAACAGUCGAAUAAAGCUAGAAGUCUGAAUUGUGUGUUUGCGCAAAGAAUAUAGCAUGGCAGCGGUUUAGUUUUAUAUCUGUCUGGCUAGCCGGCUACAUUAUAUGCUAACCAGGUUGAUGUUAGGUCAUUAUUUAAUUUAUUUAAUUUCUCUCGAGCUGCCAAGUUAGUGACCAAAAUAUACUAUAGUCUUCCACAGCUUCGUUAAACAUUAUGUUUUUUUUUUUUUAUUUGCUAAAUCAAGAAGAGCUAAAUGUGAUCGUAGGUCAUUUUUUAUUUUACCCGACAGUGUUGUGUGAUCUUAUAUAAAUAUCACUUUGGAGUGGGUGAGGUGGCAAUGAAUAUCAACAAUGAUCAUUUUCAACAAUACUGUGACUUGAAAAAUGCAAAAUGAAGGAUUGAUUUUAAGGUUUAGGGUUGGCAAAUAUCAGUCAGGAAAUUUUAGAUUUGUUUCUUUUAUGGUACCUGACAUGCAGGUCUGCGUUAAAGUUGAAUUUGGUGGGAAAUUCUUAAGUCUCAGUGUAACUAACAAAAUUGUUAUGGUAUGAUAUUUAUGCAGUAUCACUCACUCCAGUAAUCUAAUCAUUAUUUCCUUGAAUAUUUCAAGUGAAAAAAGCAAAUAUGUGUUUUACUUUCUUCUACCCAAGUGAAAUACUGCAGUGAUGUGACAAUGACUGUUUGGUUGAAUAUGAAUGUCACCCCUUCUUUUGAUUGUAAACAAGUGUGGACUCCUCAGGCCUGUUUCACGGAGCAGGAUUUCUUGCUUAGGAUUUAAGGUAGUUUGGGUUAAAUGUAAAUAAACAAAGAUGAAGUCCAUCUAGCUCAGCCUACCUUAAAUCCAACAAGUUAUCCAGCUAAGCCAGAAAUCCCGCUUUGUGGGGCAUCCCCCCUGGUCUGAAUAUUGUGAAUGUAACAUCAGUGCUUUUCGAGGUUAAAUUUAGAACAAUGCUUUCUGUUGUCUGAACAUAAUUAUUUUGACCUAUAGAUAUGCACUGUACUUUAGAUUGUUAACAAGGAUUUUUUUUAGUAUAAUGUAUUUGAGACAUGCUCAAAACCAGCUUCUUCUAAUGUGACUUGAUGUUUAGCACAAAAAGGGUAUAGUCAAACCCUUAAUGGUAUAUUAUUACCUUUUGUAUACUUCUCACUGCGUUGCAUUUGUACAGCAGUAUUUGUAUGCACAAUCACGUUUUUCGCUAUAUAUUUUCGAGGCCUGUUGCUAUGUGAAUAUGAGCUGAUAAUUACUAUUCUAAAUUCUGUAGUACAUAUAAUGUGGAGAGAUUAAGCACCACCUGCAAAUCGGUUACCGACAAUGGGAUUCUUUACCACUCUUUUAAAUGAGAAUGUCUGAACUAUUUAGUAUUCAUUGAGAUAAUAAUAAUAUUUUAAAGAUUAUAGGUAAAAAAUAUAUACUAUAUCUUUUGUAUAAGGCGUUCAAUCAGAUAGAGGUAUUAAAUAAAAGAAAGUCACGGGAUACUUUUACGUAUUUAACCAAAGUUGUCCCCUAUUUUAUUGUUUAUUGUAAUUCUAGCAAUCUGUUUCUGCAUCAGCCAGCCAUUUUAUUUAAUGACAUCAUAUGGCAGUGUUAGGCGAAAGGCUGUUUGUAAUGGACACUUUCCCCUCCUGUAUUCUGUAAUUAUGUUUCUAAAGGUGCUAUUUCCCUGCUGUUUUUGCUUUCCUUUUAAUUUAACAUAUCAGCUUAAUAAAGUGCAGAUAUAUCCAA